GGGACUUCUGUGAGAAUGGCCAAUAAAGCCAAGCCUAGUGAGGCCCUGAAGGUGGUGGCCCGGUGCCGCCCCCUGAGUAGGAAAGAAGAGGCAGCUGGCCACGAGCAAAUUCUGGAGAUGGACGUGAAGCUGGGCCAGGUGACCCUCAGGAACCCUCGGGCUGCCCCUGGGGAGUUACCCAAGACUUUUACCUUUGAUGCUGUCUAUGAUGCCAGCUCUAAGCAGGCUGACCUAUACGACGAGACAGUGCGCCCCCUCAUAGACUCAGUGUUGCAGGGUUUCAAUGGCACUGUUCUUGCCUAUGGCCAGACCGGCACCGGCAAGACCUACACCAUGCAGGGCACCUGGGCCGAGCCGGAGCAGCGAGGGGUCAUCCCCAGCGCCUUUGAGCACAUCUUCACUCACAUCUCCCGUUCCCAGAACCAGCAGUACCUGGUGCGGGCCUCUUACCUGGAGAUCUACCAGGAGGAGAUCCGGGACCUGCUCUCCAAGGAGCCGGGCAAGAGGCUGGAGCUGAAAGAGAACCCAGAGACUGGGGUCUACAUCAAGGAUCUCUCCUCCUUUGUCACCAAGAAUGUCAAAGAAAUAGAGCAUGUGAUGAAUCUGGGCAACCAGGCCAGGGCUGUGGGCAGUACCCACAUGAACGAGGUCAGCUCCCGUUCCCAUGCCAUAUUUGUCAUUACAGUGGAGUGCAGCGAGCGGGGUUCUGAUGGCCAAGAACACAUCCGGGUGGGCAAGCUCAAUUUGGUAGACCUGGCUGGAAGUGAGCGUCAGGGCAAAGCAGGCACCAACACAGCUGGAGGGACAGCCACCCAGCCUUCAGGGGGAGGGAGUGGCACAGGAGAAAGGCCCAAGGAAGCAUCCAAAAUCAACCUCUCUCUUUCUGCUCUGGGUAAUGUGAUCUCGGCUCUGGUGGAUGGCAGGAGCACCCACAUCCCCUACCGGGACUCCAAGCUGACCCGGCUGCUGCAGGACUCUCUGGGGGGGAAUGCCAAGACCAUCAUGGUAGCCACCCUGGGCCCAGCCUCACACAGCUACGAUGAGAGCCUGUCCACCCUGCGCUUUGCCAACAGGGCCAAGAAUAUCAAGAACAAGCCUCGGGUGAAUGAAGAUCCCAAAGACACACUCUUAAGGGAGUUCCAGGAAGAGAUUGCCCGCUUGAAGGCUCAGCUGGAGAAGCGGGGACUGCUGGGUAAGCGCCGAAGAAGCAGCCGCAGGAAGAAGUCAGUGGCCAUAGAGGGGUACCCGGAGGGUUCUGUAACUGAGGCCUGGGUUGCUGAAGAGGAAGAUGACAACAACAAUAACACCCGACCACCCCAGCCUACUCCCGAGGUCCCUCUGGAGAAGAAUAUGGAGAACUACCUGCAGGAACAGAAGGAAAGACUGGAGGAGGAAAAGGCAGCUAUACAAGAUGACCACAGCCUGGUCAGUGAAGAGAAGCAGAAAUUGUUGGAGGAGAAGGAAAAGAUGAUUGAGGACCUGAGGCGGGAACAGCAAGCCACAGAGCUCCUGGCCACCAAAUACAAGGCAAUGGAGAGCAAGCUACUGAUUGGAGGCCGAAACAUCAUGGAUCAUACCAAUGAGCAACAAAAAAUGUUGGAGCUAAAAAGACAAGAGAUUGCUGAGCAGAAACGCAGAGAGCGGGAAAUGCAACAAGAGAUGUUGUUGAGGGAUGAAGAAACUAUGGAGCUCCGGGGAACCUAUACCUCUCUGCAACAGGAGGUUGAAGUUAAAACAAAAAAACUCAAGAAGCUCUAUGCUAAGCUGCAGGCAGUGAAGGCAGAAAUCCAGGACCAGCAUGAUGAGUACAUCCGUGUACGACAAGACCUGGAAGAAGCACAGAAUGAACAGACUCGGGAACUCAAGCUCAAGUACCUGAUCAUUGAAAACUUCAUCCCUCCUGAGGAAAAGAAUAAGAUUAUGAAUCGUCUUUACCUGGACUGUGAGGAGGAGCAAUGGAAGUUCCAGCCAUUGGUGCCAGCUGGAGUUAAUAACAGCCAGAUGAAGAAGCGGCCAACCUCAGCAGUGGGCUACAAGAGACCCAUCAGCCAAUAUGCCCGGGUUGCCAUGGCAAUGGGGUCCCACCCCCGAUACAGGGCAGAGAACAUUCUAUUCCUGGAACUGGACGUGUCCCCUCCAGCCGUCUUUGAAGUGGAAUUCUCUCAUGACCAAGAGCAAGAUCCUCGGGCGCUGCACAUGGAGAGGCUCAUGCGGCUGGACAGCUUCCUUGAAAGACCUUCCACCUCGAAAGUCCGAAAGUCCAGGUCCUGGUGCCAGAGCCCCCAGCUGUUGCCCUCUUCCACCUCGCAUGUCCCGCUGGCCUCCAGUGCUCUGCGUCCCUCAACGAUGCUGGCCCAUGAGUGACCGCCUCCAAGGCCCGUGCUGCCCGGCCCCGCGGACCCUGGGGAUCUGGCAGCCAGCCUCCAAUCAUCUCAUCUGCGGCUUUGUGUGUGUGCAUGUGUGUGUGUGCGCGUGUGCGUGUAUGUGUGUGUGUGUGAAGGGGUAAGAUCCUGCAGACUGUCCCCCUGCCUUUAACUGUUAGCCUCCUUUAUUUAUUUAAUGUUAUUUAUUCAUGGAGCUCAGCUGGUAUGGGGGAGAAUGACCUUCCCUGAGGCCUUUGGGGCUGGCAGCAGCCACGGGCAGCUUCCUUCCCCUCUUGACAGCACCUCUGAGAGGGCCUCAGGCCAGGGCCCGUAUCGGCUGUCUCUUGAAGGGAAGGUGGCCAGUGCCUGAGAAGAAGUGUUCUUUGCUACACAUCCCAUGCCGUGGUUUCUAUCUACUUCUCUGUGGUACUCGGAGGCGCCACCGAUCAACACCUGAUGGUGGAAGAAGGUUGGCUACUCAGAGAGGAAAAGGAACUUCCCAAUAAUGGCAGUUGCUGAAGGCCUGACUAACCAGGGGACCCUGAAGUGCUGCUGAGCUGUAAGGGCUGAAGCCCGAAUUCUUUGGGGCCCAGGUAGCCUCUAUCCCUAGGAUACUUCCAAGGACUCAAAUAACCUCAUUGCUUCAGGUUUUGAUGCAGAAUCCUGGCUCUUUACAAACUGUUUCCUUCAUUCUCUCAAUCCUUCUCUUGGAUUCUGGGACCAGGGCUAAAGAAGUCACUUGUUGCCAUUUAUAAGAGCUCUAGUUCAAAUUGAAGACAUUUGGAGAGGGGGCAGUAAUAGGCUCUUCAAGUCUUAAGAUGGGGUAUCUUGCCACAGCCCUCAAAAGGACCCAAGCUCUAAGAAGCAGGAGGGAUCUGUAUCUGCCUGACUUUGGAAAAAAAAAAAUCAGUCUUUAUAUCUGGUGCUUCCCUCCAUCUUUCAGCAUAGGGAUAGAGGAGCCUGGCACUUUCUUUACCAGCUUCGCUUAAUAUUAUUAAUUGCUUCUGAAUCCAAGUUCUUUGGGGACAUUGCCUUCUUGAAAAUGUACCUAUCCCUUUGCAGCUGUCAUGUGAAUUAGCCCCUAGAACAGUAAUUCCCAAACCUUGUUAUAUUGGUUGAUGGUGUCUCAUGUCAGAUGAUGUACAGAAUUCUAAAACAAAAACAAAAACAAACAAACAAAAAAAACCACCUCAAACUUUCAUUUCACUUUAACUUUGUUAAAUACACAUUUGAGAAGGAGGGGCAGAAAUCAUGAAAUCAAAUAAAUGUUUAUAGUGUCAAGACCUUCAGAAGGUUGGGAAUCACUAGUUUAGGGAUUUCUUUAUAUCUGCCUCCAUUCUUAUUCUCUCCUAAUUUCAUGUGACUUCUUUUCAUAAAAGCUUUCAGAUUCUCUUGGUGAUACCACCAAUAGAAUGGGAAUCCCCAUCUAUUGAAGGAAACUCAAGACCUACCAUACCAAAUUGCAUUUGGUAUGUUCAGGGGUGCCACUGUUCCCUCACAUAGUCCUGCUCCCUAGCCCCCAGAGAAAUGCACCCAUCCACAGUCCCUGUUCUUCUCUUACCUCUCUGAACUUUGCCUUUCUUUGGCUUGAGAUAUUUUCCCUUCAAGCUUCCUUAAGGGACCCAGCCCUUGUGGACCGUCUACCUAGUUUGCUUCUGGUCACAAGUCCCUCUUCUUCGAGGGAAACAGUUAUAUUUUGGAGCAGGAAAGAACUUGAAUCAGAAGGCUAAGCAGGAAGGUUUGACUUGGGCUGAGAUGGCAACUGGCUGGAAGUUUUCCAGGUGCCAUGGGAGGUAAGGGUCUAUCUCCCUGACCAUACCUCCUGGUCUUGGUAUAGAAGCAAGGAAAGCCUUCUCUCUUGCUUGAGCCUUCGAAAGGUGCAGGAGAUAGAGAUAUUGUCAUCUUUUCACAUUUGCUCAAGGGUGGGACCCUCUUUCUGCAAUUGCUUUGUUCAUUAUCUGGUCAUUUGGUCCCUCUGUCUUAUAGCACAAUCCUUGACUUCCCCACCCCCAGCUCUGAGGUUCUGGACCUGGGGUCAUGAGAGGAGCUUCCCCUCUGCCUGUCACCUGUCUGUGUAUGCGUGUAUGUGCGUGUGUAUAUGUGUUUACCUCACUAAGGGGACUCUUCACACUCAGUGUAAAAUAUCCUGGGGUCAGGGCUGAUGGGGUUGGCAAGGUCUCAGUCUCUCUCUUUUCCUUCUAAUGGAUCAGUCAUUUGAUUAACAAAGUGCAGGCCUUGAUUAGGACCAAAUUUCUGUGCCUGUUGCUAUGGUAUUUAUUUAGAACUACAGCGUUAACCGUAUGAUGGCCCUCUUGUCACUCUAUACAUAUGAAUAUACAGGACGUAUUAUAAAUAUAUAUAUAAACAUUAUCCUCUGUCCCCCCUGGCUUAGGAUGGAGGCCUUUCUGUUGAGCUGUUGUGCACCUGCCACUUGGUGCUGCCAGCAAGCCAUCAGCCCUACUCUAUUCAAAUGAACAAAAUCAACAAUAAAGGAAUGAGUAUCAUUA